UGCAGCAGCCGCGAAUCGGGUGGAAGGAAGCAAAGAGCAUUAUCAUUUAUCACACGUGCUUGCUUGGUCAACAUUUAAUUUGUUUAUUUCAAUUAUUUGUUGAAAGUAGUGAAAUAUAUGUCGCUACUACUUGCUACCUCCCUACAAAUAUGGUAACUCGUCAUCAUCCAGGUUAAGAUUUUCGAUUGUUCUUCAUCCGACCCCUUGGCCUUGUCGAGAUGCCGCCCUCCUCAUCGGAUGAGGACGAAGUACAAUACAUCCCUUACACAAAGCCACCCCCACCACUGAUAGAUCUACUCGAAUCCUCCGAAGAUGACGACGACCAAGCUUCGUCCAAAUCAAAUAAAAAGAAGAAAAAGAAACAAUCCUCGACAUCUUUCAUACCUUGCUCAGUUACCAAAACGCUUCUUCAAAGCUCGUCUUCCUCUUCCACAGAAAUUGUAGGUCAGACCACUAUCUCACCUCCAAGUGCUGCAAUAAAUGCUGGUAAAAGAUCUGAACAAUUGGUAAUAAAUCCCGUACACAAUAAUGCUGGGACGAGCGGUGAUCUGAAUGUCGCCUCGCUUAGUGGUAAGCACAAUCGAAGCUUGACGCAUGUUGGUGCCAAUAGUUCACCGUCAACAGGUGGUAAUCACCUGCGGAGGACUAAAGAACACCCAUCCUUGCCCAGCAACGUACGGGUAGCUACUAGUUCAGUAUUUGAGCCAAAUAAUGAUGACGCACUUGGAGGAGGAUUGUCAAUCCCAAGGUCCGAUAAGAACGGGGUGAUAGUGGGCCUCGAGGGGAACAAUAAUAAGUUAGGUAAUAGGAAAACGCAGGUUACAGAGAAAGCAACAACAUCAAAGCGAAAGAGGACAUCGACAAGUCCGGCAUCGUCGUCGGAUGCUUCUACCCCCAGCAGAAGAGAAAAACUCCCUUCAAAAAAGCAAAUAUCCAAGCAAAGGACGAGUGAGGAGAUUAACAAUUUUUUGGUUACGCUUGGAGUAUUGGGAUCAACGCCAGCCGUAGAAGAAUCGCCGCCUCCUCCCAAAGAAAAAAGAGCAAAGAAGUCAAAAAAGGUGCGGGAUCCACCUCCACCUGAACAGCAAGAUGAUGUCCUUCCGCUAGAUGCGUCAUCAUCAGAAAAGAAGAGGAAGAAAAAGAAGGCUUCAAAAUCAGAUAAAGAAACUGUUAGAGAAAAGAAAGCUUCAAAAUCAAGUGAAGAAACUGUAGGAGAAACCUACGAGCAACGCAAGCUACGACUCAAAACCGCUAAUCAAAGAUCACGAGAUGAAACAGAAACUGUCGUGGUUUCUAGAAGAUCAAAAUCCAGGAUUCCAGAAGAUCAAAUCUCUCCAGCAUCCGAUGAGGUAGAUUUUGGCAACCAAGCACCAUCAACAUCCCUGUUCGCCGAUGUCAAUCCGAGCCCCACCGUGGGAAUGUUGACGAGAGCGGAACGAGCAGCGUUGUCGUUUAACGUAUCUUCUGUUCUGAAAUCUCCCAAGUCUUCGAAGCAUGUGUCGCCUUCUACUCCCAUUUCACCAUCACGCGAAGAUAAUAGAAGACAACGAGAAUUGCCGGAUAAAAUUAUUGGUAUGUACCCACCACAUCCCUGCAAUUCUCCAGGUUUAGAUCCGACAAUUCCCAAGCCAGACGGCAAUGUCAAUAAUGCACGAGGUCAACAGAAUGACCCACCACCGGUGUACCUUCCAUCAUUCUGGACACCUGCAAUGGUCAAGUUCUACGAUACAACGAUCAACGACAACUUUCACACGUCCCACGCACUUGCCACCAUGCCAGAUUAUCCUACAUUAUGGAAGACGAACGAGAAAGAGUUGACUCCGAAUGGUCCAAGAGGACUGCGUUGCUUCAAUUGCAGCGAAUUUGGCCACAAAGCUUCAGUUUGCCCAGAAAUUAAGAAACACCCAGUGUGUCACUACUGUGGACAAUCUGGACAUGGAUUCAUAUCUGCACGAGACAGGGAUGAUAGACGAUUUGGAAAUCCACACCCUUGUUUCAAAGCGAUUUGUCUAAGCUGUGGACGGCAGCAGGGGAAAUAUGUUUGUCAUUCUUGUCCAGAGUGUCAAGUAACAAAAAACAAGAAGACUCCGUCCUGUGAAAUCUGUGAUAUCGAUGGACACACUUCGGCUCAUUGUCCAGACAAUUGGCGUAAAUUCUUCUCCACGACCAAAGGUCAUCAAAAUGAAGAUGGGACAAUAUCAUUCUACGGCGACAAACCGGUUUAUAAACUGCAUAAGGAUUCGUACUGUGCUGUUUGCAGUUAUAAAGGACAUCGAUAUUUCAACUGCAGAUCAACUUGCAAGACCAGCGGGGACAAGUAUACGAGGCACAAUGUCAGAAUUUUUAAUGAGCUACCACGCCUACCAACAAAAAGGAUUGUAUCUGCGACGGCAGUGUCGUCGUCACCUGUGUCGCCAAGUGACACCGUUGAUACCGCUCGACAAAAUCGACAUCACAGUUCGGAGGCUGAUGAUGCGAUAGGACAAGCUCCUGAUUUAGGUGAGAGCACCAAAUCCGAUGGCAACAGUAAGUGCAUGGAUCCCGAAUGUCGAAACAAGCUAAAACCAAAAACGUUCUGCUACGAAAUGUCCGUCAAUUCUGUCGAGCACGAAUUAAUGCUCACAGCUCAAAAUGACAAAGAAAUAUCUAAUCUCGUGGGGAAAAAGGCUCAGAUCACGGUAUUCCAAGAAAGGAAAGCGAUCCACAUCUACUCCGACUCCGAUAACAUCGAGGCGCAGAUCGAAUUGGUUAAGGUCGUUCGAGAAAUGAAGGAAAAGAAGACGAAAAACUCUCCAGAUGUGAUAGUCGUGAAAGAUGAGGAGAAAAAAGACGUAGGUGACCCAAGUUACUCUUCUGCCAAAGCGAACGACGACCAAUUGAUUGUUUCACUCACCGAGUGUGAAAGGCGUCUCGUGCAGGAGGAGCUACUAAAAAAGGACGGACUUUUUGCUCAACUCGCCGAGAAAUUGAACGUGGUCGUCAAAGUAUCGCCAGACAGCCCCGCCGUGACAUGUGAAGGUGGAACCGAUGAGAAUAGGAGACUAACGAGGAAGAAUAUCUUUGCUUGGUUGGAGUGUAAAAUGUAUAACAUGGAGUAUACGAUCCAGCUGCGGCUUAUCCCGAACCCAGUGACCAACACCCAUUUACCACUGCCCCCGCCCGUGAAAAGGAAGCACCCUCCAAGUCCAAAGCCUAGUCGGGCAUUUACCAAUAAUAAUAAACAGAUGCGACUUAACAAUCAGAAAAAUGAUGAUGACAUCGUCCCAAAUAAACCAGCUCCAAAAUUUGCAAUUUGGGAUCUACCUCCUCAACCAACGCAUUCGUCUUCGUAUGACUUCCACAACAACAAUCUGUCCUUUCCAGACUUUAACAACAACAAUAACAACAACCCCUUCAACUUUGCUAGCAGUCAGCAAAUUCCAUUCUCGAAUGAUAGAAGUGGAUUUUUCAACAAUUUCUAUACGGGCGACGACUUUCACCCCUCGUUUAAUACCAAUAACAGACCACCGUUCCAUCAUCAGCAGUUUUAUCCACCACCAAACCACAACAACUAUUACCAGAACAAUUAUGUGAACAAUCCAUUCCACCAACAACAAUACAACUGUCCACCUCGACCACCACCACCAUUUAUGGAUAACGGAUAUUUUCGCGGCGGCCGCGGCAGGGGUGCUCCAGCUCCAAACUCGUACAAACAUCCCCUUGGCAGAGAAGACCAAAUACCAGAUGGGAUUAGGAACAAUCGACUUCCAAUUAUAAUUACAAGAGAGAGAUAGACUCAUAAACUAAAUAUAUUUCUGUACGGUGUAUUAUCAACCGCAUUUUCCUAGUCUACAUUCUUAUAUGUUGACAGCGUUACUAAUUUAUUUAUGGUCGCAUGAACGACCCGUUUAAAUCUCACAUUGAUAUGAUAUGCAUUAAUUCAUCAAUACUUCGGCCGGUGAUGAUUUUGAUUGUAAUACAAAUAUUUGGUUUUGUAUUUCAUCAAUAAAUAUUUUUUGUACCUUUUUUGGCAA